GACGUCCAUAUAAUUGUCCAUGGAAAGAAGCGUUGGAAAUGGGCGCGCCAGACGCGGGCAGCAGCAGCUAUGUGGGUAGCAUGGCCGACGCUAUACCUCUGCCUAGCAGCCCCCGUCACCUACAUAAACGACGGCGGCUCUCGCGCCUCCUUGACAAGCUUGCAAUUCAGUUGCGCAACAAUAACCACUAUCCUUCUAAUAGGUGGAUAGCAAUAAAUUCUCAGUAUCAUACCAAUCAAUCUGAGGAAGAAGCACCUCUAGAUCUUUCUGUGAAACAAGAGCAGACUGUGACAGCAGCAUCUGAAAACGACCCACCAGCUUAUGUUUGCAGUACAUGUGGGCAAACUUUUGCAGUCCAUGACCGUUUAGCGAAGCAUGUGGCAUCGAGACAUCGAAACAAGAUCCCUGAUGCAGCACGUACUUAUGAGUGCGAUGUCUGCCGUCGGCGGUUCGCCCGCUCCGACAUGUUGACGCGCCACGCGCGGCUGCAUAGUGGCGUCAAGCCAUACGCAUGCGCAGCCUGCGGGCAAGUGUUCUCGCGUUCCGAUCACUUGGCAACUCAUCAGCGCACUCACACUGGAGAGAAACCGUACAGGUGCCCUUCAUGCCCAUAUGCUGCAUGUCGUCGUGACAUGAUCACUCGGCACAUGCGAACACACUCACGACGCCCGCAACCGGCAUAAAAAGCGCUAACGGAAUGUAUGCCACUCAGUAUGUGUGAUUAAAAAAAUAUGUAUCACUGAAGUUUAAUGAUUUGCAGCGGAAUACGUAGGUAUUACAAAAUUAUUCUAUCAUUCCAAAAUUCAUUAAGCCUUUUCGGAUGGAUGUAAUUUUGAGUUGAUGUUGAUAAUAAUAUGGAAAUAUAAUAUUAGCUAUUUAUUUUAACUGUGUUAUUUUGAAUUGUGUAAUUCCAUAUUUAAAUUGUUUUAGAAGUAUGUAAAGUGCCAUUGAGUGAUUUUAAUUUUAAGUUUAAGAUAUUUGUACCUAAUUCGUAAUCAUUAUAUAAUAAUAUGGUGUAUUCAUUUAGUUGUCUAUAGAUUAUAGACAAAACUGUGUGUUAGAUAUCAAUAUCCAAGCAUCCAACCAGAUCAAAAAUGUGUAGAGAAGAGCGUUAAUGGUGU